UCUUUGCUGAUUCCUACUUGCCGCUCCAUUUCCUAUUGCGACUGCGUAACAACUUGGAGACCAUAACUAGAAACGAAAUUUUAGUACUAAUUUACCUAGUCAUUAGAGUAGAGCAUUUCGGAAUCAACAGUGUGUUCAUUAAAUAUAUUAUCAUUCCACUCUUUGUCAAUGUGAAUUGCAAAGGAACACGUGUGCAGUGACGUUUCUAGGUUCUUAGGUUAUUUCCCUGUAAGAAGAUUGUCAUUUUUUUAUAGUGAAAACCAAUUUUUUGCGAAAUGCAGCGUAGUGCAUUUAGAAUAGUCAAUUUCCAGCUAUCCCAAAAACGUUAUUACAGGAAACACAAUGUCAGAGUUAGAUUUGCACCUAGUCCUACAGGGCAUCUACACCUGGGAGGCCUUAGAACAGCCUUGUACAAUUAUCUUUUUGCACGAGCCAAUGAUGGUUGUUUCAUUUUAAGAAUAGAAGAUACUGACCAGACCAGGAUCAUUCCAGAUGCCAUGCAAAAAUUGCAGGACGAUCUGUUUUGGGCUGGAAUCAUUCCUGACGAGGACCCAAUUAGGGGCGGACCAACUGGACCUUAUAUACAAUCAAAACGUAUAGAACUGUACAAAGAGCAAGUGCUCACCCUUUUAAAUAAUGAAUCAGCUUACUACUGCUUCUGUAGUGAACAUAGGCUAGAUUUAAUAAGAAAGGAUGCAAUGAGAUUAAAACAGAAACCGAAGUAUGAUAACAGAUGCAGGUAUCUUACCAAAGAAGAAGUUAAAAAUAGGAUACGAAAAGGAGAACAACACUGCAUUAGAUUUAAACUCACAUCAAAUCCAGAUCCAUUUGUAGAUCUUGUUUAUGGUGAAAUAGCAUAUGAUGUUGCUCAAAACGAGGGUGAUCCAAUUAUUAUUAAAAGCGACGGCUAUCCGACAUAUCAUUUCGCCAAUGUAGUCGAUGAUCAUUUCAUGGAAAUAUCUCACGUUCUACGCGGAAUAGAAUGGCAAAUAUCAACCCAAAAGCAUUUGCUACUCUACAAGGCAUUCGGUUGGAUUCCACCACGAUUUGGACAUUUGCCGCUUAUUUUGAAUCCAGACGGUACAAAACUUUCCAAAAGACAGGGUGACAUUACAGUUGAAGCUUACAGGAAACAAGGAAUAUUUCCUUUGGCUUUAUUGAACUUUAUAACCCAUGCCGGGGGAGGUUUUUCUCGAGAACAAGGCGGGCAACGAUGUUACAGUUAUGAAGAACUUAUUAAACAGUUCGACAUAACAAAAAUAAACGUGAAUUCAACGAAGCUUAGUCCAGAAAAACUCUUGGAAUUUAAUAAAAUGGAGAUAUCGCAGUUAUUAGCAAAUGACGAUAAUUGCAAAUUUCUUGUGCAGCGUGUUAGCAAACUUGUAUUGGAAACAUUUCCUGACAGGGUCAAAGAUGGCAGUUUACAACUGAAUGAAGACCACAUUUUGUCCGUUCUCAAAUGGGCACAGCACAGGAUUUCAAAACUGAGUGACUUGGUCUCAUCGGAUCUAGCUUUUCUAUGGGUAGUACCCUCUGCUCAAGAAACACAUUCACCUCAACCAAAGGACAUUCAACUGCUUCGAACUCUUAGUGAAAAACUUUCAAGCUUUGAUGAAGGCAAUUUCCAAAAAAAUUCAUUAAAAAAUUGUCUUAAAGAAUUUGCAGAUAAUAAUGAGAUUCCAUUCCCGACACUGAUGAACUUGUUACGUAGCACAUUAAGCGGAUUGAAGAGCGGACCAGGUGUUGCCGAAAUGAUGGAAAUCAUGGGAAAGGAAACAACGUUGAAUAGACUGAAGCAAUCGAUUUCUUAAGCCCAGGAAAGUCUCGGAUAGUUGUAAAUGAAUGAUGUAAAUAUAUUUGCCCCACUUAGCAUAUGAGCACAUGAUGUUUAUGUUGGCUCAAGCAUACAGAGAGGACAAUAAUCUCUUUCCAACUGUUUCUCUUUGAACCCUGAAUCAUGAAUCAUGGACUAUCAAAUGCUGUGUAGAGGGAUACAAGAUCAAUUUUAACCUAAUGAAUAAGACUGUGAUUAAACAUUUACCAAAUACAUUGUUACUCCCUUAUGUAUGUAAUUAUGUACAUAUAUACAUCAAUAUGCUGAUGUCGAUUAAGGAAAUCACAAUUUUUCCAAGAGAGUCAUUUCCAUAAUAAUUAAUACUUAUAGCACAAUUAUGUAUAUAAAUAUGUCUCAUGUUCCUCAAUGCUAUCUUAGUAAGUAGACAUCUUAAAAAAAGCAUUGCCGUGUAUAGUAUUCUACGCUUGUAUGAACAAAAACAUGGCAUCAUCGAGCUAAUGCUUGGAACAAUAUAAUUCUCACCUGUUAAAUAACUCAAUAAAUCAUAAACUAUGAAA